CUGUGGGCUCAGUGGCCGCAGGAAGGCGCCCGCGACCGCCGCCUCAGGGGCCGCGCCUCCCUCGCCUCUCUCUGGCGGCCGCUCUGCCGCGUCCACACCGACCGCGCCAGGCGCAGGCGCAGCCCCGGGACCCUAAGCUGGUGCUCCUAGGCUGUCGCGGUGACCCCGCCCCCGGGCCCAGGAUGUGAGGCAGGCCCGGUGUCCCCGCGGCGGGCCGGGGCGGUGAGGGGCCCGCAGGCGCCAUGGAGGGCGUGCUGUACAAGUGGACCAACUACCUGAGCGGUUGGCAGCCUCGAUGGUUCCUUCUCUGUGGGGGAAUACUGUCCUAUUACGAUUCUCCUGAAGAUGCCUGGAAGGGUUGCAAAGGGAGCAUCCAGAUGGCAGUCUGUGAGAUUCAAGUUCAUUCCGUGGAUAACACUCGUAUGGACCUCAUCAUCCCUGGGGAACAGUAUUUCUACUUAAAAGCCAGAAGUGUGGCAGAGAGACAGCGAUGGCUGGUGGCUCUGGGAUCUGCCAAGGCCUGCCUGACUGACAGUAGGACUCAAAAGGAAAAAGAAUUUGCAGAAAACACUGAAAACCUGAAAACCAAAAUGUCGGAACUAAGGCUAUACUGUGACCUCCUUGUUCAACAAGUAGAUAAAACAAAAGAAGUGGCCACAGCCGGUGUUGCUGACUCUGAGGAGGGAAUCGAUGUGGGAACUCUGCUGAGAUCGACCUGCAACACUUUCCUGAAGACCUUGGAGGAGUGCAUGCAGAUUGCAAAUGCAGCCUUUACCUCUGAACUGCUCUACCAUACACCCCCAGGGUCCCCUCAACUAGCGGUGCUCAAGUCCAGCAAGAUGAAACAUCCUAUCAUACCAAUUCAUAAUUCAUUGGAAAGGCCGAUGGAGUUAAACAGUUGUGAAAAUGGAUCGCUAAGUGUAGAAGUAAAUGGUGAUGAAGAACUCCUAAUGAAAACCAAGAAGAGUUCCUUAUAUUUGAAAUCCACAGAGGCGGAUUGCAACAUCUCCAGUGAAGAAAACACAGAUGGUAAUACGACAGUCCAGGGUGAGAGAAUAAAGGAAGAUGGAGAGGAAAACCUGGAGAGUCGUGACAGGGAUCUGGCACAGCCGGGAUCAGACUCAGUUUGCUCGCCAGAAUCUCCCUGGGAAGACAGUGAAGAAGUUAUUCCAACUUUCUUCAGUACUAUGAAUACCAGCUUUAGUGACAUUGAACUUCUGGAAGACAGUGGCAUUCCCACAGAAGCAUUCUUGGCAUCUUGUUAUGCAGUGGUUCCAGUACUAGAUAAACUUGGUCCCACCGUGUUUGCUCCUGUUAAGAUGGAUCUUGUUGGAAAUAUUAAGAAGGUAAAUCAGAAGUACAUAACCAACAAGGAAGAGUUUACCACCCUCCAGAAGAUAGUGCUGCAUGAGGUGGAAGCCGACGUGGCUCGGGUUAGGAACUCGGCAACUGAAGCCCUCUUGUGGCUGAAGAGAGGUCUCAAAUUUCUAAAGGGAUUUUUGACAGAAGUGAAGAAUGGGGAAAAGGACAUCCAGACAGCACUGAAUAAUGCAUACGGCAAAACAUUACGGCAACACCAUGGCUGGGUAGUUCGAGGGGUUUUUGCGUUAGCACUGAGGGCAGCACCAUCCUAUGAGGACUUUGUGGCUGCGCUAACCAUAAAAGAAGGCGACCAUCAGAAAGAAGCUUUCAGUGCUGGGAUGCAGAGGGACCUCAGCCUUUACCUCCCUGCUAUGGAAAAGCAGCUGGCCAUACUGGACACGUUAUAUGAGAUCCACGGGCUGGAAUCUGACGAGGUGGUGUGACAGCCACAGGACAGCACCUCCUAACUUCAGGGAAUAAAGUCUGUAAAGUGUU